CUUACAGUCGGAGACAGAGUCUGUCUGCACGCAGAAGUUCACGUGUCUUUACUGUUCUUGUCUACAUCGCACAGAAAAUGGACACAAACGCUCUAUGCUUUGGUACUUGUGUGAAGUGCAGAGGAGACAUUUACAGAGCAGAUCAGGCAUGUCAAGCCAUGGGUGAACUGUAUCAUGAUCGCUGCUUUACCUGCUUCACCUGCAGCAAAAAACUUUGUGGAAAGCCAUUUUAUUACUUUUCUGGAAGGGUGUACUGUGAGGAAGAUUAUUUGUAUUCCAGCGUCAAGCACUUUGCAGAGGUCUGCACUUUCUGUGGUUACUUAAUCACAGAUAUGGUUCUCCAGGCGUUGGGAAAGUCCUUCCAUCCCAACUGUUUCCGCUGUGUCGUCUGUAAUGAGAAGCUUGAGGGAAAGCCGUUUAGUGUCGACACACAAAACAAGAUAUAUUGUGUGAAAGAUUACCAGAGGUUUCUGGCUAAACCCUGUGCAGUGUGUGGACAGCUCAUCCUUCCCACUGAGGGUUCAAACGAGAUUGUACGGGUGGUCUCUACGGGCAGAAGCUACCAUGUGGGUUGCUUUGAUGGGAAAAGCAACAUUUGAUCACUGUAUAUUCGACUCUGAUUGAAAGAGCUCUAUUUGUGAUUUCGUUUUUGAAGGAGAACUUUACAAAAGGCAGUUGAUUCUGAAAACAAUGAGGUAUUGUGCCGCUUGAAAUAAGAAUAAAUAGAAUCAAAGCCCGCAGAGAACUUGUAGAAAUCUACACUCUGGAAUUAAUUUUAUUUUUAUUUAAAUUUCAAACAUAGUGUGAUGUAAGAGGAAGGAUAUUUACUUAUCUGUAUUCAUAUUUAUUUAUAUAGUAAUAUCAUCUGAAUCCAAUCUUUUAAUUUGUAAUUUAAUAUAUUGUAUAAAAUGAACUUUACAACAGCCCUAUUUUAUGUAAAUGAUGUUAAAAUCCUCUUAAAGAAAUGGGAGCAAUCUUUCUUCCAAAGAAACAACAGGAAACUAAAUAAGGUUUUGUGUUUUUGUCUUUAUGUUGUGUUUUCUUGUGUUUUAAUUAUGUUGUAUUUUGUUAGCUUUGUUUCGGAUAUUUUGGGUAGCGGAAACAACUUUUUUAACAUCAAGAUACUUUGUUUGGUUAAAAUGUAAUUAAGGGGGGAAAAAAGUGUAUGUUUUAAACUGACUGUGUUUUGGAUCAACUGGGGAUCAUGUUAACUGGGGAUGUGAAUAAUUGUACUUGCAUUUUCGGCAGAUUCGUUCAAUGUGAAUUAUCAAGGAGCCAAGAAAAGGCGUUUUACACAUCAUAAAUAAUGUUGGUAUCAUUAUUAAA